AUGUCCACCGACGCCCCCGCCGCGGGCUCCAGCUCGCCCUCGCCCUCGCCCUCGCCCUUCAAGCUUCCCCCAAACCUCCCCCCGCUCCCCCUCGUACCCGGCACCGACCCCGAGCGUUGCGUGCUCGACGCAUUCCGCACCGCCAUCGCUCAGCGUGUGGCGGAUGCCCUGCCCCCGCUGACCGUCGAGCAGGCCUAUCAGGGCGUCGACUACGGAAAAAAGGGCGUCGACUUCACCGUUGCCCUGCCCCGGUUCCGGCUACCGGGCAAGGUCGACGAGCUGGCUGCGAAGGUCCUGAGCAACUUCCAGCCCGACGAGUGGAUCGACAACAUCGUGCACGACAAGGCGUUCCUGCACUUCACGCUGCGCACGCGCACGCUCGCGCGGCUCGUGCUCGACCAGGUGCACGCGCUCACACACGAGACGGCGUCCGGCGCGCCCGAGUACGGCACGCAUGCCACGGGGCGCGGAAAGCGCGUCAUCAUUGAGUACUCCUCGCCCAACAUCGCGAAGCAGUUCCACGUCGGCCACCUGCGCAGCACCAUCAUCGGCGCGUUCCUCGCGAACCUCUACAAGGCCUGCGGGUGGGAAGUCAUCUCCAUGAACUAUCUCGGCGACUGGGGUACCCAGUUUGGUCUGAUCGCGGUCGGAUUCGACAAGUACGGCUCGCGCGAGGAGCUCGAGAAGGACGCGAUCAAGCACCUGUUUGACGUGUACGUGAAAAUUAACAAGGACGCCGAGACGGAUCCGGCAGUCAAGGCGGAGGCGGCGGCGUUCUUCCGGCGGAUGGAGGACGGGGACGAGGAGGCGCUGGCGAACUGGCGGGUCUGGCGCGAGCUGUCCGUGCGCAAGUACGAGGAGGAGUACGCGCGGCUGAACGUGCGCUUUGACGUGUACACGGGCGAGAGCCAGGUGGGGAAGGAGGCGCAGGCGCAGGCGUUGCAGCGGCUGGAGGACAUGGGGCUGAUCGACGAGCACGAGGGCGCGAAGCUGGUGAACCUGGAGCAGUGGAAGAUGGGCAAGGCCGUCGUGCGCAAGAAAGACGGGACGUCGAUCUACCUGACGCGGGACAUUGGCGGGGCGACGGAGCGGUACGAGAAGUACAAGUUCGACAAGAUGAUUUAUGUGAUCUCGUCGCAGCAGGAUCUGCACGUGAAGCAGUUCUUCAAGGUGCUCAAGCUGAUGGAGUUCCCGUGGGCGGACCGCCUCGAGCACGUCAACUACGGGCUCGUGCUCGGGAUGAGCACGCGGCGCGGGACCGUCGUGUUCCUGAACGAGAUCAUGCGCGAGGCGGGCACGGUGAUGCACGAGCAGAUGCGCAAGAACGAGGAGAAGUACAAGAACGUCGAGGACCCCGCCGCCGUCGCGCAGGAGAUCGGCAUCACCGGCGUGAAGAUCCAGGACAUGGCCGCGAAGCGGAUCAACAACUACACGUUCAACUGGGACCGCAUGCUCUCCUUCGAAGGCGACACGGGCCCGUACCUGCAGUACGCGCACGUGCGCAUCGCGUCCAUCUCGCGCAAGAACCCCGCGCUGCUCCCGCUCCCGCCGCGCGCGGCGCUCGACACCGCGCUGCUCACGGAGCCCGCCGCGCGCGAGAUCGUGCUCCUGCUCGGGUCGUACCCCGACGUCGUCGCGACCGCGCUGCGCACGCACGAGCCCAGCGGCGUCGUCACCUUUGCGUUCCGCCUCGCGCACGCCAUCUCGAGCGCGUGGGAGACCGUCGUCGUCAAGGGCGCGCCCGACGAGCCCACCGCGCGCGUGCGCAUGUGGAUGUACCUCUGUGCGCGCGACGUCCUCGGCGCCGCGAUGCGCCUGCUCAGUCUGCAGCCGCUCGAGCGCAUGUAG